ACAAAGCACAACAUACGUACACACACACGCGCACACACUUCAUGAAAAAUAUCCCACAUGAUCACAUGACCCCUUGGCUCCACCCUGCGAUUCCCAGCAACUCCCCUCACGCUUCCCUUCUUGCCCUAUUUAUUUCCUCACCAAACCCUCUCAUAAGACCCACAUACAUAUGUUCUAUAUAGUAACCAACUCACUCCAUAGAAAAUAGAAGAGAGAGAGAGAGAGAGAGAGAGGAAGGAGAGAGAGGCCAUGAGUAGUAAUAGGCUAAGUGAGCUCAUAAUGAGAAAAUGGCAUGUAAUAGCAAGAACGAAGAGGAGAAGCAAAGGGCACUUUGUGGUGUAUUCAAAGGGUGGCAAGAGAUUUGUGGUGCCUCUGAAGUACUUGGACCACCCAAUAUUCCAGGUGUUGCUAGAAAUGGCCGAGGAGGAGUUUGGCACCAAUGGCGAUGGGCCUCUCAUGGUGCCUUGUGAGGAGGAGCUCAUGGAGCACGUUGUGUCUCUACUGAGGAACCACACCAUUCAUGUUAGUUUCUUGUAAAGGAGGACGAAGAGGAGGAGGUGCUUCUCAUUUUAAUUUCUUAUCCUUUUUCCACUGUAUGUGAUGCAUUGAAUCAAAGGGAGUGGAUUAUGUUAACUACUUGUUGGAGUAUUAAUGAGAAGGUGUAGUUGAUUAAUUUCGGAUA